GUGAACUAGAUUCUCCAAAAACUUAGGGAGCAAUCUGCAAUAUUUCGGAUAAAAGAGCUAGUUUUCGCCACUAAAAAGGACAGGCACAAAAGCAGCGAGUUUUUCUGCUCGAGCUGCUAAAAUUCAAAGACGAGAUUCUCGCUUGUGGAGAAGUAAUGGCUUUUGCUACUGCCGUGACGCCGCCAUCUCUAUUUCCGGUUCCAACUCGUCCCCUUUCCGCAAUUUCUCGAAGGUUUCCAUCCCCUACGUUCACUGGUGGAGGGAGGUGCACGUCUAUUGUUGCCAAGGCUGUGGGAGAUAACUCUGACACUUCUGACGGCAGCAUUGUGAAAUCUGUCCAAGAUGCUUGGAGCAGCUCGGAAAAUCUAAUUGGCGUUGCUGGUCUUGGGUUUGCAGCAAUUGUUGCAGUUUGGGCCUCUAGUAAUCUUGUUGGGGCUAUCGACAAGCUUCCUGUGGUACCAAUCGUCUUCGAAGUCAUCGGCCUACUAUUCACCUGGGUGAGUCUGCAAAGUCUGGGGCUAAAACUUUGGCUUCUUGAAACUUGUCUAACCAUUUCGAUUCUUCCAAUGUUUACAGUGGUUCAUCUAUCGCUACCUUUUGUUUAGACCGGACAGGGAAGAAUUUUCAAAAAUUGUUAAGGAUGCAAUUUCAAGUGUUCUUGGCAAGUGAGAGGCUGCAAAAGACAUCUGCUGCAAUUUAAAGUGGAUUUGAGAAUGUAUAUAUAGCCCAGUCUGUAAUAUAAGUGAGAUAUCGUGUACUGAAAAACCAGAAUAAGCACUUAAUAUUGAUGUGAAUUUUAAAAAUGCA